CUCUCUAUCAGUCUCCUUAACCUCAAUAUUGUCUUCUAGGGCGUCAAUAAAAAACACCGAUGCCAGCUAUACAGCCGUAUUACCGAAGUUUACCGUCAGGACCGACAAAACCGAGGCUCUGAUUGGCCGCCAUGCCACCGACGGCCGACAUUCGGAGUCCUGAUCUAAUCCCGAACAGGAAUAUCAGUGACGAUUCUCUUCUCCAGUUUCUUCCCUCUCCCACGCUCAAUUCCUGUAGCGCUUUCUUGCUAGACAAGAUGGCUACCAGCGCAAAGACGGAGGUGUCGCAGCCCGUCCGGGCUUCGGCUGCUGGAAAGGCGCAUUAUCCUUUCUGGUUUGGGGGUUCUGCCUCGUGCUUCGCUGCGGGUGUCACUCACCCGUUAGAUCUUGUGAAGGUGCGCUUGCAAACGCGUGGGCCUGGCGCCCCGACGUCUAUGCUGGGCACAUUUGCCCACGUUGUCAAGAAUAAUGGAAUCCUGGGGUUAUACAGUGGUCUCUCCGCAUCUGUCCUGCGCCAAUUGACCUACUCAACCACCCGAUUCGGCAUCUACGAAGAACUUAAAUCCUACUUCACGGCCUCCGGACAACCCCCCGGCACCCUCACACUAGUCGGAAUGGCCUGCACAUCAGGCUUCAUCGGUGGAAUCGCAGGGAACCCCGCCGACGUUAUGAACGUGCGGAUGCAGUCCGACGCCGCACUACCACCCUCCCAACGCCGCAAUUAUAAACACGCCUUUCAAGGGCUCGUGCAGAUGACUCGCGCAGAAGGUCCCGCGAGUUUGUUCCGCGGCGUCUGGCCCAACUCGACCCGUGCCGUGCUCAUGACGGCAUCGCAGCUGGCUUCGUAUGAUACGUUCAAGGGACUGUGCAUUGACAACUUUGGCAUGUCGGAUAACUUGCUGACGCAUUUCACUGCAUCGUUUUUGGCUGGUUUUGUGGCUACGACUGUUUGUAGUCCUGUUGACGUUAUCAAGACCAGGGUUAUGAGUGCGUCGCCGACGGAGAGUGCCGGUCAUUCGAUCUUGGGUCUGCUGCGGGAGAUCUCCCGUAAGGAAGGCCUUGGUUGGGCUUUCCGGGGGUGGGUUCCUAGUUUCAUUCGUCUGGGACCGCAUACUAUUGCGACGUUUUUGUUCUUGGAAGAGCAUAAGAAAAUUUAUCGUAAGUUGAAGGGUGUUCCGGAGGGUCAGCAUGCAUAGACUUUUUCUGCUCGCGAGGGAACGACCAGUGCAAAAGUUUUUGUUUCUUUGGUUGUACAUAUUUUGAUCAUUUGCUUGGGUUUUGCGAUUUUUUGUUUCUUUUCUUUUCUUUUCUUUUUUUCUUGUCGCUGAGGACAUACCCAUCACUGCAAUUAUCGAAUUCAGGAUCUAGUGUUAUAUAUACAGGUGGGAUUGGAUAGACAGAAUGAUAGACUACAUCUCGAUUGUUGUUCAGGAAUUCAGAGCUGCAUCUC